AUGCGCUUCAUGGCUGCCACAGCACUAGGCUGUGGAUUGGUCAAGCAACCAAUGCAGGCUUGGCUAGUGACGCCUUAUGAGCUAAGGCACCACAAGCCAGAUUUCCAAGGCAAUGAGAUGCAUAUUCGCAAAGAACAUGGUGGUGAUGGCAGCUGCUUUUUCGGCAACCUCUGCAUAUUACCAAAAAAUGUCCAGCAUAUUCUUUGUAUGUAUUUUGCCCUUCAUGAGAUCAACAAGAAUAUCAAGCAGUUCCACAACAUCACAAUAGAACUGGAGGUUCAUGAAAGCUGUUUCAUUGUCAGGGAGGCCAUUGAGAGUGUUCUAGAUCUUCUGUUUCUAAAGAUCUUUGAGACUGUUAACCAAGAACCUAUCUUGGACAACUGGGCAAGUACAGAGUUUAAAUCCUCUGUGAAACAGUUGGAAAAGGUUAAUUCUAGGAGUCCAGGAAAAUUCCAAAAUGGCUUUGAUAUUUUGCUGUUAGUGAUAAUUAAGAAGACAUUCUACAAAGGCUUGACAACUCCUGCAGCUGCUGGAACACUUAGUGUCCAUGAGAGUUUGAAAUCCAUCUGCAUCCAGCCCUCCAAUAUUCCUGGGAAAUUUCACAACUUCAGAUCUGAAUUGAUACUUGGGGGACUUAUUUCCUUUAUAAAUAUUCAUGAACGGAUACAGACUUUCAACAAACAGCCCAAAGUAUCUACAUCUGGAAACCUGAUACCCAAAAUCUUCCAGCAUGCUCUUUCUAUGUAUUUUACCAUUUAUGAGAUCAACAAGAACAUCAAGACAUUCCUUAACACCACACUAGUCCUGGAUACUUAUGAGAACAGUUUCAGUGUCAGGGAGGCCAGUAAGCACACCUUAGAUCUUCUUUUUCAGAAUCGAGGGAGUCCUAUCAACUUCAAUUGUGUCCAGAGGAGCAAAACAGACUUCUUGCCUAUCAUUGGUGACCUUCCCUCCACCAAUUCCAUCAAGAUGGCCCACAUUUUGAAUACCUAUAAGUUUCCACAGAUUGGUUAUGGGUCCUUUGACCCAAUCCUAAGUGAUAAAAGGCAGUUCCCUUUUUUCUUCAGUAUGGUUCCUAAUGAAAAUAUACAAUAUGAGGGCAUUAUUCAUUUACUGAAACAUUUUGAAUGGAACUGGAUUGGCCUCCUAGCAUCAGAGGAUGAAAGUGGGGAAGCCUUUCUUCAAAGAGCAAAACAUUGCACUGGGAAGGAAAAACUAGCGAGAGUCCCCAACUCUGUGUUUGAAAUGACCAUGUCUGGAGAGAGCUACAAUAUCUACAAUGCAGUUUAUUCUGUAGCACAUGCUCUGCAAGCAAUGUAUUCAAGCAGAGAAAAACCAGCUUCCCUGAGGAAUCAGAAUAGACUAGCAAAACUUUCAAAUUUUCAGCCAUGGAAACUUCACUACUUUUUAAGAAACGUCCGUUUUAAUAACAGUGCAGGAGAUGAAAUCUUUUUUGAUGAGAAGGGGGAUUUUGAUCCCGGCUAUGACAUCUUCAAUUUGGUCGUCUUUUGGAAUCAAUCUUUUCAAAGAGUCCGUGUUGGUAGGAUGGACUCAAGAGCUCCUGAUGGGAAAAAGUUCACUCUCAAUGAAAGUGCCAUUGUGUGGAAUCACAAAUUUCAACAGGUCCCUCCUAAGGCCAGAUGUGUGGAGAGCUGCCAUCAAGGCUACAGCAGGAUUGUUGAGGAGGGGAAACCUAUUUGUUGCUACAAUUGCAGAAAAUGCGCUGAAGGAAGAAUUUCAGUCCAAACAGAUGCAGAUCAAUGUGAGAGAUGCCCAGAAGAUCAGUAUUCAAAUGCAGAAAGAGACCAGUGCCUUCCCAAAACAUUCAGCUACUUAUCAUUUAGUGAACCCUUAGGAAUCAUUCUGACCUCCUUGAUUAUUUUCUUUUCAGCUACCCUCAUUUUGGUGGCCUUGACUUUCUUUCUGCACUGGGAUACCCCCAUUGUCAAAGCCAAUAAUAGAGACAUCACAGGUGUCCUUCUUUCCUCCCUCCUCCUUUGCUUUCUCUGCUCCUUUUUGUUCAUUGGUUGGCCUGGGAAAGUGACUUGCCUUCUCAGGCAAACCAUCUUUAGUAUCAUUUUCUCCAUCUCAAUUUCUUGUAUCUUGGCCAAAACAAUCACAGUUGUUCUAGCAUUUCUGGCCACCAAGCCAGGAUAUACAAUGAGGAAGUGGAUAGGAAAAAGGUUGGCAGGCUCAACCAUUCUCCUUGGUUCCUUCACAGAAGUUGUUAUCUGUGUGGUAUGGAUGAUCAUAUCUCCUCCCUUCCCAGAGUUGGACAUGAAUUCACAAAAUGAUGAAAUUAUUGUGCAAUGUAAUGAAGGUUCAGAUAUGAUCUUCUAUAUUGUCCUCGGCUACUUGGGGCUGCUGGCCACCAUCAGUUUCACUGUGGCAUUCUUUGCAAGGAAGUUGCCUGAUACAUUCAAUGAAGCUAAAUUGAUCACCUUCAGCAUGCUGGUGUUUUGCAGCAUUUGGGUGUCCUUCAUCCCAGCCUAUCUGAGCACAAAAGGGAAAUAUAUGGUGGCUGUGGAGAUCUUCUCCAUCUUGGCUUCCACUGCAGGUCUUUUAGGUUGCAUAUUUCUCCCCAAGUGCUACAUCAUAAUCUUGAAUCCACAUCUUAAUACAAAACAAUAUCUGGCCAGAAGAUAA